UUUGCUAUACUUUUAUUACGCAGUAAUAAGUAAAAACAGCUGCAUUUUAUUUAGCUGUGAAAACUAUGCAGAGCAGUGUACAAACGAAAUGCAAAAUUAUAUCAUACAUGCGCUUGUAACUCGUUUGUAUUUAUUUUCGGUGUCGUCAUCAUAAUGCUCAUACACUUGAGUGUGUGUUACAAUUAUUCCAAUGUAUCCAUGACUAUAGAACAAAUGUUGGAAAUAUAUUACUGCAUUGUGCUCUUGACUGUUUAAAAUAGAAGAAGUACGUUUUAUAAAAUGAUUCCGGUAUUGAUAUUAAUUGUUGGCAUUGCCUUUGUUUCAUUUCUUACUUUUAAAAUUUUCAUAAUUGACAAUCGUUAUUUCGAAUUGCGUAAUGUAAAAUAUAAAGGUGUAUCAUUCGCACUAUAUAAUGUGUAUGCGAUGAUUUCCGGUAAAAUUGAUGUUUUCCAAUUUUCGCAAAGGCAUUACGAUGAAUAUCCUGAUGAACCAAUAUAUGGCAUAAGUGGAUUAAUUGGUCCGCAAUAUUUCGUACGUGAUCCGGAGAUAUGUAAACAGAUUUUUAUCAAAGAUUUUGAUCACUUUGAAGACCGAAAAGGAUUCAUAAAUGAGAAAGUCGAUGAGCUGUGGGGGAAAAGUUUAUUCUCAUUGCAUGGAGAUAAAUGGCAUCAAAUGAGAGCAACACUAAGUCCAGCGUUCACCGGCAGUAAAAUGCGACAAAUGUUUGAGCUCGUAUCGGAAUGUGCCGACGAUAUAGUCAAACACUUUAUGAAUCGAAUUGAUAACGAUGAGAGAAUCAAUUUAGAAAUGAAAGAUUUCUUUUCUCGCUACACAAACGACGUCAUUGCAACUUGUGCCUUUGGAAUAAAGGUCAAUUCCAUUUCCAGUCCAAACAAUACGUUUUAUAGAAACGGAGAGACAUUGAUGCAUUUCAAUGGUUUCAAAAGAACAAUGAAACUAUUUGUGACGAUGUUUUUUACGAAAUUUUCACGAUUCUUCAACAUUAAAUUCUUUGAUGAAAAAAUAACGAACGAAUUCAAGGACAUGAUUUUAAAUACAAUGGAAAUACGAAAAGAGAAAAACAUUCAUCGACCGGAUAUGAUCAAUAUACUGAUGCAAGUUCGCGAUGGCAUUUUGAAUAGUCAAACUGAGGAAGGAUUCAAGGAAGUAAAUGACGGGUUUGCCACCGCAGAAGAAUCGGAAGUAAAAAAUACAUUUGUUGGUCAUAGAUGGAAUGACGAUGAAUUAGUCGCUCAGUGUUUGGUGUUCUUUUUAGCCGGUUUUGAGACAUCGUCGUCUGUCCUUUCCUUUGCCGCCUAUGAACUUGUGGCCAAUCCAGAUAUUCAACAAAAGUUGUAUGAAGAAAUUGCCGCAGUUAAUGAACGUCUUAAUGGAAAGCGAAUUUCUUAUGAUGUGCUUCAAAAAAUGAAAUAUUUAGAUCAAGUUGUAUCAGAAACAUUACGAAAAUGGCCCAUUGCCGUUAUUAUUGAUCGCAUAUGUGUGAAAAAUUACGUCUACGAUGAUGGAGAUCAACUUAGAUUCAAAAUAGAUAAGGGAUCAAGCGUAAUUUAUUCACUGUACAGUACCCAUCAUGAUUCAAAAUAUUACCCAGACCCGGAAAAAUUCGACCCUGAGAGAUUUAGUGAAGAUAAUAAACAUAAUAUUAUGCCAGGGACCUAUGUUCCAUUUGGAGUCGGACCGAGAAAUUGCAUCGGUUCUCGUUUUGCUUUGAUGGAAUUGAAAGCGAUUUUAUACUAUUUGCUGUUGAAUUUUUCAUUUGAACCAAACAAAGAUACCCAAAUCCCAUUGAAAAUGAAGAAAGGAGGAUUUGUGAACACCGAAAAUGGUGUACACUUGGAGUUGAAAUCAAGAUAAAAUUGAAUUUAUGUAGGGAUGCUUUACUUUAGUGACAAUAGGUGUACGGUAAUAAAAGAGGUCACUUGGCUUAAAUAAAUGUUUGAAUGUAAAGCUUUGUCAACCAUGCAUUAUUGGCUUUUUCUCCAUAAAACUAUUAUUGAUACAGUUCAUUUGUACACAUAUUUACUGUAAUUAAAUGCUUAUAUACAAAAUCUCAAA